CGUCUUCGGGCGUCUUCCGGCGUCUUCCGCGUCUUUCUUGUCCACCACCACAACCUCCCGCACCUUCCUCUGGAGCUCGUGCUUUUCCUGCAGCCUUUCUUUUCCACGGCCUUCUGGUCACUCAGUCGCUGCUCAGUAGCCAGAGCCUCUGAAGAGCCGUCAGCAUGGCCUCAAACGACACUUUCAACAUCACCACAGAAAACUCGGAGAUGUCUACAAAUAUUGUGGAGCUGCGCCAGAUCCAUAUGGAGACCAUCCCUGUGGAGACCAUCCCUGUGGAGACCAUCCCUGUGGAUUCCAUCCCUGUGGAGACCAUGGCGUUGGAAUCGAUCGAGGGGUGUGAGGAUAUCAGCGGCAGUUGGUUCCACGGCGGUCACCACCAGCUGCCUCUGAUUGCGCUGCAGCCUCUCGUUAUCAGCAGCCCAAACCCAGGGGACCACGACCAGGAAAUGAUCAUGGUACAAACGCAGGAGGAGGUGGUGGGCUACUUCCAGUCCGAUAACCUGCAGGCCGGCAAUGUGGAGAACCAGAGACUCGUCCCGGUCAACGAUGACGCCUUCCAGCAGACCUUGGCUUCCCUGGCAGCCUCUGCAUCGUCCUCGGCCCACAGCCACAGCCGGACACGCAGCAGCCAAGGCAAGAAGCCCAGCGGUAAAAAGAGUUGCGCCGGCGGCAAGGCCGAAGCGGCAAGCAGCUCCAAGGUAGUCACCAAGAAGUGGGAGCAGAAGCAGGUGCCGAUCAAAACCCUGGAGGGCGAGUUCUCUGUCAUCAUGUGGUCUGCCAACAAUAACACAGACCUUGAGACUGGACAGACUGAGGAGCACCCGGCUCCCAAUUUUUCAGAGAACAUGACCGAGAAGAAACUUCCUCCUGAAGGAAUCCGUGGCGUCGACUUCUCAGAUCCCAAACAACUGGCAGAAUUUACUCGAAUGAAGCCCCAAAAUACCAAAGACGAGACUCCGAGAACAAUAGCUUGCCCCCAGAAAGGCUGCAUGAAGAUGUUCAGGAAUAAGUCUGCUUUGAGAAAACAUCUGCACACCCAUGGUCCCAGAGUCCACGUAUGCACAGAGUGUGGCAAAGCUUUUGUUGAGGGCUCGAAACUAAAACGACAUCAACUGGUGCAUACUGGAGAGAAGCCUUUUCAGUGCACCUUCGAAGGCUGCGGAAAACGCUUUUCCCUGGAUUUCAAUUUGCGUACACACGUGCGAAUCCAUACGGGAGAGAAGCCCUUCGUGUGCCCCUUCAAUUAUUGCAAUAGGAAGUUUGCUCAGUCAACCAACCUGAAGUCUCAUAUCUUAACACACGUUAAGAAUAAGAAGAGCCAGUGAAAAGGAGAGAAGACCCUGCUCAAGCUCAAAAAGCAUCUUCCAGGAAUGUGAUUGGAAAUAAAAAUGCCUUUUUCGUAUAAUGUUUCUAGGAAAGAAUUUUUUUUAAUGAUUCUUAUACAUCUAAGGGUCAGGUUUUGAUAGAGUAGUAAAAGUAAAAUUAAAAGGUUAAAAAAUAAUUCUUUAUAUGAAAUAACACUGUUAAGAUGCUCUGUCUUGUUCUGAAAUACCAUUUGAAAAACGUGUUUUUGUAAUGUUUGGUCCCAACAGGAGGAUAAUUCAUGAACCUCACUCACAUCAAAAGACAGUUCUUUAUACAACUGUAUGAAAAAUGGGACUUCUUUUCACAUUCUUUUAAAUAUGAAGUUCACAUAUUGCUUACAGUUUUUUUAAAGUUCUGUAUUUUCUAAAUGUUCAUGUUUAUACUUUUAGGAAUAUGUUUAGUAAUUCUUGAUACGGUUUUUCUGGAGGUUGAUAACUUUGCAGAUUAGUUUUAAAAGAAUGAAUAGUUACAUGCAUACUUAAAGUAUUUUACUGUUUAAAAACGUUAUAUAGUUUUUUUGCUAUCUUAAUUUUGGUUAUAUUCUUUGAUAUUGACACAUUUUGCAUACUAUCUUUUAGCUGCUUUGGAUUAUGUAGUAUUGAAUAUUAGAUGUGUGAUGUAAUAGUCAAUUUAAACCUAGUUUAGUCUUUUUAUUGCCCCCAAAUACUGCCAGAUGCUGUUGUUUAGUAUGAUUUCUUUGCCUCUUGAGCUAGAGAGUGGUGCUCAGUUGUAGAAUAUAUUGUGUAUGUAUUGACCUUUUAACACUUGGUACGUACAUCACUUGUAAUAGAAAAAGCAAAAAUAAAAUAGCUGUUCUAAAGAAAGAAAAAAAAAAGCUUGCCUAUAUAAAUGCUAUAGCUAGAAGAUAGAGAAAAUGGGGUCGGGGGAUGCCACUGGCAUCUGAUGGAUAGAGGCCAGGGAUGCUGCUAAACAUUUUACAAUGCAAAAGACAGUUCCCCAUAACAAAGAAUUACCUGGCCCCAAAUGCCAGUAGUGCUACUGUUGAGAAACCCUGCUCUAAAGAAAGUAAGAAUUAUAACAAAUAUUUAUUUAGUAUACUUACACAUAAAUCAUUAAUGAACAAAAGGUUGUUUAAAUAAGGAAAGAAAGGCAUGGCCAUUGCCACUUAGCCACCAUGGGCAAAUCUGGAAUCUAGCAGGGAGGUCUGAUAGCAGUUGCAUCCCUGAGCAGAUAGGAGGCUGCCCAGAGAGUCAAAGAAUCAGUGCUGCUGUGUGCCCCUCUAACUGUUGCUUGGAUGGGAAAAGUCAGGGUUGUAUGGUGGUAUCCUGAUAAGGGAGAAAGAAGGUGCAAGCUUUUAGGCAGUCCUAGUGGAUCGUUCCAUCCUGAGGAGUUGAGGGGAAAGGUGAAUAUAGUACAUGGUAAUGGUGGCAAAUCUAUUCUAUGGAUUAUUUUGUGAAAUUGUAUUGAGACUAACAGCAGGAGGUGGGGGACACGGGGAUGGGGGACAGUGUGGUAUAGCUGUAUUCCUAAAUUAGUUUCACUAAAUUCCAGUGGGUGAAAGAAUUAGUUUUUUUGUUUUAAUUUUUUUUAAUGAUGCUAUGAAAGCAGUACAAGAAAACAGGUGUCAUCUAUAAUCUUGAACUGCCAAGAAAACACAGGUGAGUGUCUUUUAUAAUAUUAUGCUUGGGAAAAGCUUAAUACAAAAGAACCAUUUGACCACACCAAAAUUUAAAAUGUCUAUAUAGGCAAAACUAUAAACCAAGCCAAGCAACAAGCUAAAGGGAAGAAGUUAUAAUAUCUCUUAAACAAGACCAAAUUUCUCAAUGUAUAUAUUGCAACCAAUAAUACAUAUAAAUUAGUUUUAAAAAAAGACAACCCAGUCAAAAAAUGUAAACUGACAAUGGAUAGAAGUAGGCAAUUCUUAGACAAAAGAAAUACAGGGGAAGAGUAUGGCUCAAGUGGCAUAGUGCAUGCUUAGCAUGCAUGAGGCCCUGGGUUCAAUCCCCAGUACCUCCUCAAUAAGUAAACUUAAUUACCUCCCCCCAAAAA